UUGAUGUGUCAUGUCUUUGUGCAAUAUAUUUAUUCGAUAAACAAAACCAAAAUACAAUAAAAAAUUGUAAAAUAAUCAGUAUUCAGGUUACUAGUUUGCAGCUGUAGUUAAAAAUCAAUUUAUAAAAAAAAAUCUAUCAUGCAUUGGUUUGGAGGAACGAUUGCUGAGGCAGUAUCUCUCUCAAAACAACGAAAGGCUAUUUUUGUUGUUUUCGUUGAAGGCGAUAAUCAACCAUCCAAAGAUUUGGCAGCGACCAUCGACGAUCGAGAGGUCAUUAAGCGUCUCGCCGAUCAGUCGCAAUUCCUCGCCGUGAAACUGAAGAGUGGAUCUGAGAAUUACACAUAUUUUGCACAGAUCUAUCAAUUUGUGCCCGUUCCAUCAUUAUUCUUCAUCGGACGCAAUGGCACACCAUUGGAGGUUGUAUGUGCUGGCAUACAGGCACCGAGCCUAGCAGAGAGGAUUGACAGAAUACUGGAACAAUAUUAUAAAGGCGAGCAAACAGUUAAGCCAUCUACAUCGAGGCAAAAUAUCCAAGAGGAAACAACAAAUCUUUUACAAUCCGAAGCGGCGCACAGUGUUAAAACUGCAGCUGCAGAUUCUGAACCGACUGAUUCUGAAACCGUACCAAAAAUAACUGCAUCGGGUUCACCGGGAGUUGCUUCAGCUAAGCGAGAAAGUGAUGCACCACAAGAUACAGAUUCUUCAGCGUCCAAGAUCCCCAAGACAUAUCAUGAGGUAACGAAUUCAGGGCAGGAGUAUGAUGUGGUGUGCGAUGGAGAUGUCUGCGUCAGGAAACCCAGAGACAAGGAGAUGCCUGGACCGAGUCGCGUAGAUGCCAAUGAUAAAAAAGAAACCACAACGGAGCAGACACCAAGCGAGGUCAGUAAUGAAGAGACACUAAGCGAGGUCAGUAAUGAAGGGACACCAAGCGAGGUCAGUAAUGAAGAGAAGGUGGGACGUGCCAUAGAGUUGUUGGAGGCGAGACGACGAGAGAAAGAGGAGAAGGAGAAAGAGCUAGAGAAGCAGAAAGAAUUGGAGAGACGCGCGAUCGGCCAAGGUGUUGCUGAGUUGAAGAAGUGGCAGGCUGAUCAGGAGCUGAAGCAGAUCCAGGAGGAACGCAAACGCGAGAAGUUAGAGAACAAUCUGGCCAGACAACGGAUCCUGGAGCAGAUUGCUCAGGACAGAGCCGAGAGGAAGGCCAGGGAGCAGCAGCCUCUACCGGCGCCACAGACUCCAUCACCCACCGUCAUCACCACUUUCGGCGACGGCAGUGUCCGCGCGAGAGUUCAGUUCAAGCUGUCUGAUGGAGAGUCCCACACGGCUCACUUCGAGCCCUGGGCCACCCUCGACGAGGUGCACCGAUAUGUCGCCGACAACUUGCAGAUGACGCGGUCGUCGUUCUCGCUGUGGACGGCCUUCCCGCGCCGCGAGCUGACCGAAAACGAUGCGACUCUGCGCGACCUGCAGCUGGUGCCGUCCGCGGCACUGCUCGUGUUGCCGCGUCGUGUUACUGUCGCCACCACAAGAAACAGUUCCUUUUCGUCAAUUGUUGAGUACAUCACCCAACUGUUCUCCACUUUCAUCAUGGACCCUGCAUUCCAACUGUACAGCUGGCUCCUGAGCCGCGUGUGGGGAACCCCAGCUGUGAGACCCCGUAGCUCGAGCCCCAACCCUCGCGGCCCCCGUAACCCCACAAACCCCACCAUCAGGCGACGCGGUAAUGUCCACAGGCUGAACGGCGACAGGCCGAGUGAUGAUGAAAAUAAUACAUGGAAUGGUAAUUCUACGCAACAGAUGUGAAGAUAAGGUGGCUUAUGUGAAGCAAAGCUAUAGAUAUAUGUAAAAUAAUUCCUAUUAUGUUUAUAAUAUAGUGUUUUAUACUUCACUAUCUAUACUUCAAAAUUCCUAUUACACUAUUAUAGACUGUUGUUAAUAUACAUAUUUAUUUACAACUGAUAUUAUUUUUAUUUUUUUUCUGUUACUAACGACAACGCUUCUUGCACACGAUGCCAAAAUCUUUUGGGAGUAUUUGACGAUAUUGCGUAUGUAUUUAUUUAUAAUAAAAUAAAGGUGAAUUACGCGCCCUUUUGCGCAGUACAAACGUAAUUUUUUUUUUCUGUUGCUGACAUUUUUUUUUGUUAUAAUAGGUUACAUUAUCUCUGGACAUGACGUCGAUGACGUCACAUCGUCGUUUUGAUACGGUGUGCAGAACAAGCAUCAUUCAUAAUAUCCUAAUAUUAUUAUUAAUAAAUAAACUACGAUUAAUUUUUUUCAGUAUUAUAGAUUGAUGUAAAGGUGUUGCGAUGUGAUUGAAUCUGGGUUAAGUAUAUUUUUUUUCUGACAGACAGACUGUUAAAAACAUAAGUCAAAACGUGACAAUGAAAACAUCAAAAACAAAGCAGUGAUAGCACGAAAAUAUCACGACUUGUAACGGUAAUGAGACUGCAAACCGUAGGGGGGGGGUCACAUUCCAGUGAGGUCCAGACAUAAAAGAAUCUCCAUUACAUGCGUGAGGUUUCUAUCGCAUUUUUUUUCUUUAUUUUUACAAUUUAUGAGUACAUUAUGAACGGCCAAAGUUCAGGUAAAAUUUGUGCAAAAAAUCUGAUAGUUGGAGGGUUAGUUUUUUUAAAAUCGUAUUUUCUGCUUCGUUUUUUUUUGGAUUUUUUUUAGAAAGAUGCCGCAAUAAUAAUGUAUGAGAGUUAGUACGAAAAAUUUGACGAGUUGGCCGCUCUUUAUAUAUCAGUAGGCCAGUCAUAUCAUGUCCAGUUACGGUGCUAGUCGAAGUCACAACAAACACUUCUCCCAAGUCAAUGAAUCUACUAAAUGUUCGGAAAAAGUAGAGCUCGCGAGAAGAACAUACAAGAAACUCAACGGCCACUUUCAAAGUGAAACUUAAAUAGUGUUUCUCCACUACUGCUUCACGGGCAGAAAAUGACGCCGCUGUACCUAUGUAGCCGGCAUCUUGCCACAAGAUGCCUCCCACUGGAAAAUAAAAGCAUUGAGCCUUUGAUAAUCUAUACGUCUCGAUAGAGCCUCAUGCUGUUAGGCAAAGCAUGACCACAAGCCAGGCUUAUUAAUUAAUUGUGCGUGACUGUCACACACUCGCAACAUGUAUGUCACUUUGUGCGAGCGUUGCUGAAAAUAGAGGUUAACAGUUCACCGCUAUUUUUUCAACAACUGUCACAGUCUAUCUAGACGUAUAAAUUAUCUAAGCAUUGAACAUUACCACUACCAUUAAGAUUUUUUUUUUAAUUUCUUUUGAAGGUCUGUGCAUACUUCUUUCUGUGACAUAAUCAUCACAACCUUCCCUUACUUUUUUCUGAUUGUUUUCCUCUGUUAGUUUUCUUCUCUACUUGUUCUUAACUCAUUCUCUUGAUGUAGCACAUAGAAUAUUCUAAAGUCAUUUAUUAUCCCCCUUAUAACGCUAAGACGCCUAGUAAAGCGAACAUAUUAUAUUAGGAACACCUAUAUAAAUCCACAUUCAUACAAUCCAUAUCCAGCGAUUUUAACCUGACCAAUGAGCGUUCAGUAUGUUGCGCCCGCUCACGUCGGUUAGUUGGCUGAACUGUUUGGAUUGCGAAUGUUUAGGUAUUAGGCAAUGAUGUUCUAUACAUAUACAGGGUGAUAUUUUGAGAAGGACGGUGAUGGCCAAGUCGGAAGAUACGAGACUUAGAGAAAAGUCAUGCCCUCGAUUUAUAAGAAUCCAAUAACUACAUAUUUAGUUUUUUAAAAUUUCUUGAACUUUUGACGGAAAUCGCCCGGAAUAAUUUUUCAAAAAAAUUACAUCUAUAUUAUAGAACCAAUGAACUCUGUUGCUGAUAAGGAUCAAACUUCGCAAAUAUAUGUAUUACUAAAAAUGAACAGAACAUGCUAAAAAUUACACUCUCGACUCGAUUGCUAUAUCUAUACAUUGCCGCAUUUACUCCAGUUGUUUAAAAUAUUCUUGCCCAAUAAACAGCAAUGUAAAUCAUUUAUUCAGUUUAGAUUUGAUUCGAACAGUGACAGUUGACUUACGACUAAGUAGAAAAGUGUGCUUACAUUGUCCAUAUGCACACUUUUGCCGUUCCGAUAACAGAACGUGAUUGAUAAUGUCCUUAUAUGUGUAUAGAACAUCAUUGGUAUUAGGUGUCUACUGGGUAAUACGGUCGAUGUAUUAACAUCAUAAUCAGAUAACUUCGUUUAGUACAACACGGGCGAGUAAAAAAAGAAGGACUCCGUGUCACCUUACAUAACAGUGAAGCACCAAGACAAACCGGUAAACGUGUAAAUACCAAGCCCCCACACACACACUUACACUAAUACAAGCCGAUCGGCCGCCAGAGAUGAUCGGUGCCAUCAUGUGUGACAGAUCAGUUUGCGUCGCAUUAAAAUAAUUUAAAAAUGCCGUCGUGCGUGAAAAAGUGUAAAAAUAAUUCUAUAAUAGUAUUUGUGGAUGUAUGAUUAUUUAAGGGAGAAACAAUUGUGUAACUGGUAUCCCGUAAACGCACACACACUAGCAUAAUUAGGAAACUCAAACAAAAACCAUAAAUUCUAAUAGAUACUAAUAAAAUUGUUACAUCAAUGUCAUAAUCAUAAUAUAAUUGUCUAGUAUACUGACAGUGUCGAUUUGGCACUUAUCAAUGUCAAGCACUUUACCACUACUUUGGAAAAUUUAAAUAAUAUAUGUAUAAAUGGAAAUAUAUAUAACUUAAGUGUGUUUUUGUUAGGCUUAGACUAAUCACUAAGCUUACCUAACCCUAUUUAGUAUUUUUUUUUUCUUAGCAUAGAUAUUAUUAUAAAAAUAGUUACAUCAAUGUCAAAUAUUAUUGUAUUCGUCUAGUUUACUGACAGUUUCAAUUUGUCACUUAUAAAUGUCAAAAUAUGUUACUCAAUUACUUCGGAAAAAUUAUAUGUCUAAAUAGAAAUAAAUGCCACAUACUC